UUGCAGUCUGACCACCCGGUUGUCAACUCCCGCUACCUCCUGAACGAAACCGCCCAUGCGCACUAUUAUGGCCUUGACCCCGCACUCGCGCUCCUCUCCGGUACGUAUCAUACUCCUGCUACUGCCAUGGGGAUGGGCCAUCAGAGUGGAAUGCUCAAAGCAGAUACUGUGAUUUGGUCCUCCCAUCCACUCUCACUUGCUGCAACGCCCACUCGGGUCUACAUUGAUGGUAUCCCUCAGCUCUCCCUUCCCGGUCGCCAAGGGGCCCACCACGUCCCCACGCACGCCCGAUUUCGAUUCUGA